GUCUUCCGUGGAAACUGCUUCUCCGAGGCUGGAUUUGGGGGAGGAAUACUAGACUUGGAGGAGUCUGCGCGCUCCUCGCUUCCCCGCGCCUCGCGGUCGCCGCUAGUUCACCGCGCAGUCCCCGAGCUCGCUCCCCACCCCACCCACUUCCUGUGCUCGCCCGGGGGGCGUGUGCGCCAGGCGGCCCGAGUUCUGGGAAGUUGUGGCCGUCGAGGAUGGGGGUCUGUGGGUACCUGUUCCUGCCCUGGAAGUGCCUCGUGGUCGUGUCUCUCAGGCUGCUGUUCCUUGUACCCACAGGAGUGCCCGUGCGCAGCGGAGAUGCCACCUUCCCCAAAGCGAUGGACAACGUGACGGUCCGGCAGGGGGAGAGCGCCACCCUCAGGUGCACCAUUGACAACCGGGUCACCCGGGUGGCCUGGCUAAACCGCAGCACAAUCCUGUACGCUGGGAAUGACAAAUGGUGUCUGGAUCCUCGCGUGGUCCUCCUGAGCAACACCCAAACCCAGUACAGCAUCAAGAUUCAGAAUGUGGAUGUGUACGACGAGGGCCCGUACACCUGCUCAGUGCAGACAGACAACCACCCAAAGACCUCUCGGGUCCACCUCAUUGUACAAGUAUCUCCCAAAAUUGUAGAGAUCUCUUCAGAUAUCUCCAUUAACGAAGGGAACAAUAUCAGCCUCACCUGCAUAGCCACAGGUAGACCAGAGCCGACAGUUACCUGGAGACACAUUUCUCCCAAAGCUGUUGGCUUUGUGAGUGAAGAUGAAUACUUGGAAAUUCAGGGCAUCACCCGGGAGCAGUCAGGGGACUAUGAGUGCAGUGCCUCCAAUGAUGUGGCUGCCCCAGUGGUUCGGAGAGUAAAGGUCACCGUGAACUAUCCACCCUACAUUUCAGAAGCUAAGGGCACGGGUGUCCCUGUGGGACAGAAGGGGACACUGCAGUGUGAGGCCUCGGCUGUUCCCUCAGCAGAAUUUCAGUGGUUCAAGGAUGACAAAAGACUGAUUGAAGGAAAGAAAGGCGUCAAAGUGGAAAACAGACCUUUCCUCUCAAAACUCAUCUUUUUCAAUGUCUCUGAACAUGACUACGGGAACUACACUUGUGUGGCUUCCAACAAGUUGGGCCACACCAAUGCCAGCAUCACGCUAUUUGGCCCUGGUGCAGUCAGCGAGGUUAGCAAUGGGACAUCACGGAGGGCAAGCUGUGUUUGGCUCCUCCCCCUUCUGGUCUUACACCUUCUCCUCAAAUUUUGAUGGGAGCGCCCCUUCCCCUUUGGGUAGAGCUGCCACCACCGCAUCUCCAACACCCGCAGCACGGCCACGCGACAGCAACAAGUCAGGAUCAAAUGAAAUUUUGGAGAAUCGCCGCUCAUAAGAGAGAAAUUUGAGGGAGGGGAACAAACAAUACUUUGGGGGAAAGAAAAAAAACCACAAAAAGUUUAAAAAGGAAAAAAAAAAGGAAAAUUGAAAAUCGCCUUGCAGAUAUUUAGGUACCGCUGAGUUUUCUUUCUUUUCCAAAAUGGGAAGAAUGCACACCCGGCUUGGACCCACCCACAAGCUGCAUUAAGUGACUUCUCUGUCACCAGGGUGGGCAAGGGCUCAGCUAUUCUGCCCACUAAGUGCCCCCCCACCCCGUGGACCACUCUGAAGUCACCAUCCCAAAUUCCAUCCUUCCUAAGGAUACAGACAAAUGCAGAGUGAGACACGUGGUCCCA